AUGGCUCAACUUUCCAGACUGGCCCAGCUGUACUCCAAUAUCUCUGUCAAUCUGACAGAGGAUGAAGUUAGAGAUCUUAGAUCCUUACUAGCUGUUGAUAAAAUUCUUGGCAAGGCAAAAACUGAAAAGGCAACACCGCUAGAAAUCUUUAACAUGUUAGCAGACGACAAAACGAUUGGAAGGGGAAAUCUGGGGUUCCUUGUGCAGGUUCUAAGAUGUCUCGGAAAGGGAGAGUUGGCAGAAGAAGCCGAGCGUCUUGAGCAAGAACACAAAAUAAAAGAGACGGAAACCACAGUCGUGACACCCGACGUCAACGGAUCAGAAGACGAACAAGUAACAACCGAGUCAAGAGUCGAUGCAGCAACACUUACUACAAGAGACAGCACGUCAGAAGACACAGAAUCGGAAGAAACAGAAGUUAAGGAGAUCAUCUCUACUGAACACUCUCCCGGGGAAAUAGCCACAGAUCAACAGACGACAGAGACAUGCGAUGAUACAGACGUGCGUAGUGAAACUUCCGAACUGGCCUCACUGCACAUCAGGGAGCUGGAAAGACUGGUGUGGGAACCCAUGAAAGCAUUAGGACCCAUUGAACCGGACACAUCUGCAGGUGUUCAGGACGCCAAGUCCAGGUUAGAGACCCUCCUUGCUGAGCUGGACACGCCUGCAGUGAUGGCAGACCAGGAACAACAGUGUGUCCUGUACUGUCAGAUAGGUGAUCUAUAUAGGGCUAAACUAUACAACUUAGAGUUAGCACUGCAGUAUUAUAGAAGCAUGCUAGAACGUUCGCUUGUAGAAAACAGCAAACAAGCAAAGGCCCAUAACAGACUAGGUUUGACCUAUGACAUGUUAGGUAAACAUGAGGAAGCCACUAGGAGUCAUGAGAGAGUUCUGGAGAUCUGUAGGGAUGUAGUUGGGGAUGACGUUGACCUCUGUGUAGCUUACAAAAACUUAGGAUCGUCAUUGAUAUUGUCAAGUAAAUUGUCAGAUGCAAAGGCUAAUUACAAAACAGCCUUGCAAUUGGCUAGGAAUACAGGAAACAAGAUGGAAGAGGUGUACAUUCACUGUAAAAUGGGUGAUCUACAUAGGGUUCAGCUAAACGAAGCACAAGUCUCCCACAAACACUACACAAAGAUGUUGACUGUAGCUUUGGAAUUGAGAAACAUGUAUUGGGAAAUGCUAGCUUACAACAGAUUAAGUCUGGCUUGUGAGGGAAUGCAAGAUAACGAGCUAGCGCUAGAGUGGGCUCAGAAGCACUUAAAGAUGAGCCAAGUAAGUGCAGACAAGAGAGACCAAAUAUUAGCUCAUAUGAAUGCUGGUGUUUUAUCAGUUAAGGUAAACCAGACAGCAUCUCAGCUUGACACAGCCUUAGAGAUGGCACAGGAAAAGGGGGACGAGUAUGGCCAAAUGUGGGUUUACAUGCGCAUGGGUGACAUGCAGAGGGACAAAUGUAAUUCCCCACGUACAGCCAUCCACUAUUAUGAACAGGCUCUCGCACUAGCCAGGCAGUUGGGGGACAGGCGCUGUGAGGGAGUGGCUUAUAACAGGAUGGGACUGGCCCAUUUAGAGAGGAGGGAGUAUGAAGCAGCUCUAGAGUGGUAUAAAAAAUACCUUACGAUUAGUCAAGAAAUUGAAGACAAGAAAGAAGAGGUAACAGCGCUCGCGGCUGUGGGAAAUUCCUACAGAUUACUUGGAAAAGCCGAACAGGCGACAUCCCACUUUGACACAGCCUUACAGCUGGCACAGCACACAGAGAACCUACAGGGACAGAUGGAUGUUUACUGUAAGAUGGGUGACUUGCAGAGGGAACAACUCCACUCCCCACGUACAGCCAUCCAGUAUUAUGAACAGGUUCUCUCACUAGCCAGGCAGUUGACGAAAAGUAUUGAAACAGCUUCGGCUUACGAGAGGCUGGGACUGGCCCAUUACGAGAUGGGGGAGUAUGAGAAGGCUUUGGCGUGGCAUCAGAAGCACCUAGGUAUGAGUCAAGAUACUGGAGACAAUAGACAACAGAUUAGAGCACACGCAAAUCUUGGUUGUACCUACAGGCUUCUGGGUAAACUUGAUCUGGCAACAUCUCACCACGGCACAGCCUUACGGAUAGCAGAGCAGACAGGGAAUCAACAUGAACAGAUGUCGAUUUACCUUAAGGCUGGUGACAUGCAUAGGGAACUACUCCACUCCCCCCGUACAUCCAUCCAAUAUUAUGAACGGUAUCUCACACUAGCCAGGCAGCGCGAAGAGGGAUGGGCUUACAACAGGUUAGGAUGGGCCCAUUUUGAUAUGAGGGAGUAUGAAGCAGCUCUAGAGUGGCAUCAGAAGGCCCUGAAGAUAAGUCAAGAAAUUGAAGACAAGAAAGAUGAGGUAACAGCACACACGGCUGUGGGAAAUGCAUACAGAUUACUUGGGAAAAUAGAACAGGCGACAGCCCACUUCGACACAGCCCUACAGCUGGCACAGCAGACAGAGAACCAACAUGGUCAGAUGGAUGUAUACUGUAAGAUGGGUGACAUGCAGAGGGAACAACUCCACUCCCCACGAACAUCCAUCCAGUAUUAUGAACAGUAUCUCGCACUAGCCAGGCAGUUGGGGGACAGGCGUGAGGAGGCACAGGCUUACAACAGGUUAGGUCACGCUCAUUAUGGGAUGAGGGAGUAUGAAGCAGCUCUAGAGUGGUAUCAGAAGUACCUGAACCUAAGUCAAGAAAUUGAAGACAAGAAAGAAGAGGUAACAGCACAUGUGAAUGUGGGCGUUGCAUACAGAUUACUUGGCAAAACCGAACAGGCGACAUCCCACUUCGACACAGCCUUACAUCUGGCACAGCAGACAGAGAACCUACAUGGACAGAUGGAUGUUUACUGUAAGAUGGGUGACAUGCAGAGGGUACAACUCCACUCCCCACAUACAGCCAUCCAGUAUUAUGAACAGUAUCUCACACUAGCCAGGCAGUUGGGGGACAGGCGUAAAGAGGGAGUGGCUUACAACAGGUUGGGAACGGCCCAUGUUGAUAUGAGGGUGUAUGAAGCAGCUCUAGAAUGGUAUCAGAAGCAUCUGAAGAUAAGUCAAGAAAUUGAAGACAAGAAAGAAGAGGUAACAGCACACACGGCUGUGGGAAAUGCAUACAGAGUACUUGGAAACAUCGAACAAGCGACAUCUCACUUCGACACAGCCUUACAGCUGGCACAGCAGACAGAGAACCUACAUGGACAGAUGGAUGUUUACUGUAAGAUGGGUGACAUGCAGAGGGAACAACUCCACUCCCCACGUACAGCCAUCCAGUAUUAUGAACAGUACCUCGCACUAGCCAGGCAGUUGGGGGACAGGCGUGAGGAGGGAGUGGCUGACAACAGGUUUGGUCAGUCCCAUUAUGACAUAGGGGAGUAUGAAGCAGCUCUAGAUUGGUAUCAGAAGCACCUGAAGGUAAGUCAAGACAUUGAAGACAAGAAUAAACAGAUAACAGCACACACGGCUGUGGGCAAUACAUACAGAUUCCUUGGAAGAAUCGAGCAGGCGACAUCCCAUUUGGACAAAGCCUUACAGCUGGCACAGCAGACAGGGGAUCUACAUGGACAAAUGGGUUUUUACAUCUCCAUGGGUGACAUGCACAUGGAACAACGCCACUCCCCACGUACGGCCAUCCAGCAUUAUAAACAGGCUCUCGGACUAGCCAGGCAGUUGGGGGACAUACAUCAUCAGGGAGUGGGUUACUGUGGACUAGGAGCGGCCCAUUAUGAACUAAGGGAACAUCAAGUAGCGCUGGGGUGGUUCCAAAAGUAUCUUGAGAUGAGCCAAGGAAGUGGGAACAGGAAAGAGCAGAUAACAGCACAUCAAAACAUGGCUGCUUCCUGUCACGCCAUAGGUAAACUUGACCAGGCCAGAUCUCACUAUCAAUCAGCCAUGACCAUCGCCAUGGAGACAGGAAACAAACAGGAACAGCAAAAUAUUACCGAGACUCUGGCAGGACUUCAAAGCUGCGUAGUGUAGGGAAUGUUGCGUGUGAUGCGUUAAUGUUGAUAGUUGUAAAAAAAAAACCCAUAGAGUUCUCACUACAGGACUCAAUUAAGGGGAUAUUUUGGGGCACAUAUUCUCCUUUUUUUUUUUUUAAAUGUAAACAAAAGUUUGUGGUAGAUGUUAAGUGAAGGGAAAAUAAAAUAGUGAUGGCAUGAGGAUGGUCUUGUAGUUAGGGUUGUUGACUGUGUUCUACUACCGCCAUGGAGACAGGAAACAAGCAACAAUAUUGACAUUACCAAAAAGCUAGACAGUCUUCAACAGUGCCGAGGUUUAACAAUAAGUAAAAUGUUGUGUGAAAAAUACUUGACUGAAAAAGCAAUCAGCCAAAUAACAAACAUCAUUGAAAUGAAAUUCCUUUAUUGUACAUUCAUGCCACGACGGGCUAGGUACAGGUCAAGAUAUAACAGACACAUAACAAACGUAUAUAGAGAA